UUCUCUUCUACUCCAUAGGAGACACUGACUCGUUGUUCCUCUCUUUACCGCAGUCAUGGCCGUCAACUACCGACAUGGUCUCUCCAUAUUGGAAUUGAUUGUAUACUUGCCGUCCCUGUUCAUCUCGUUGUUUAUGGGCUUUCGCCAUGGCUUCCAGAGAAACGCCGGCUGGAUUCUCUUAAUAAUCUUUUCCUUGGCCCGCGUUGUUGGUUCGUGCUGCUACUUGGCCACGAUAGCCCAUCCUGAGACGAUCGACCUUUAUAUCGCAUGGGGAGUUUGCACUUCCAUCGGGCUGGCCCCUCUGAUCUCCACUUGCGUCGGUCUCUUGUCCCGAGUUAACGAUUCCAUCCAUCGAAAAACCGGACGAGGCCUCCUUCCAGCCUUUUUCCGACUAAUCGGUCUCCUCACACUAGCGGGCAUGGUUCUUUGCAUUGUUGGUUCAAGCAUGAGCUCCAGCCUUCAGGGAAUCACGAAUAGUAUAGAAGCCAAAGUUGGCGACGUCCUGUACGUCAUCGCAUGGGCCUGCCUCUGUGUUCUGCUACUCGUCGUCGGGAGCAAGUAUGCAAGCAUUGAGGAUGGCGAACAUCGCUUGCUUUUGGCAGUUGGGGUCUCAGUUCCGUUGCUUCUCGUGCGCCUCAUAUACUCCCUGUUGUCUGUAUUCACACACAACCCCACAUUCAACAUGUUUACCGGAAACGUCACCGUCUUCCUGGUCAUGGCGGUUCUGGAGGAAAUCGUGAUUGUUGGGAUCUGCCUGGGAGUUGGAAUGACUCUGGAAGUCCGUCAACGUCCGACAGAGUACGAGGCCUGCGAGGCGCCGGCUCAGGGAAGUUCCGAGCUCGAGUCACAGCAGAGACCUGAUAUGACGUCGUACAGUCCCAAAAAGCAAGAGCGGAGGCAAAAGAAGAGACGUGGUGGGCCUAUUAGCCAGCUCAUUGGAUUGGCCAUUGAUGAGAUCAGAUCUAGAAGGAAGUGAGGGGUUUCCUUUGUACUAGACUUCGUUGAUUGAUGAAAUAUACCUAAGUCUGCUGAUACUUUCAUGAGAGCCACACUGAUUAUUCAUAUACUUAUUCAGUCGAAUAAAAAUAUACCUUCUCUCGUCUCUCGUAACGAUUCAGCACAGUAAACGAGUCCAUGUUAAAUAGGCGAUGAGUAUAGCACCAGGCAUCGAUAGCAUACACACUGGCAGUUAUGCCAUUGCAGUAUCCAUUGAUACCUUACUGAACAUGAAAUAAGCGAUGCAUGUACAACUUAUCUUCAAUGCUGAAGAAGAAAGAACGAAAGUGCCAGACAGCCCGCU